ACGUUCAAUUGUCGUUCGUUCAGUGAUCGUUUAUGCAAUUCAAAAUUCUUCCAUAAUACAAUUCCAAUUUGUCGAAAAGAUUCGUUUUUAAUCAAAGAGAAUAAAAUUAGUGAAAGAAUUUAUUGAGAUUGACAAAAACGUUAUUUUUGAAAAUUGUUGUGAUCUAAUAAUAACAAAUAAAAACCUAAAAAUAAAGACGAUGGCUUCGAGAUUUGGAAAUGAUACGAAUACUCCUCGUCCGGAUUUAUCGAGACCUCAAUACUAUCGUUCGCAUCCUUUAAAUAAGGAUGAUGAAAUUGUAAUUAGUGGGAUGUCGGGCCGAUUCCCGAAGUCGGAUAAUAUUGCUGAGUACAGCGAAAAUUUAUAUAAUAAAUUGGAUAUGCUUGAAGAGGCCGAGAAGCGCUGGAAACACAUUGAUCCGGAAAUUCCAAAACGAUGUGGUCGUAUAAGUAGUAUCGAAAAAUUUGAUGCCACUUUCUUUGGUGUUCAUCAUAUGCAAGCUAAUUCUAUGGAUCCUCAAUGCCGAUUGGUACUCGAAGAAGCUUACAUGGCUGUCAUGGAUGCAGGAGUUAAUCCUAGUUCGCUCCGAGGGACCAGAACAGGUGUCUACAUUGCUUCAUGCUUCUCUGAAUCGGAGAAAAACGUUAUGAAUGAUCCUAAUUCACAAGGUGCUUUUGCUAUGACCGGGUGUAGUCGAGCUAUGUACGCAAAUCGAAUUUCUUACAGCUUGGGAUUGCUUGGGCCGUCUUUGUACAUGGACACAGCUUGUUCUAGUUCAAUGUAUUGUCUUGAUGUAGCCUAUGCUGCACUUAGAAGUGGUGAAAUUGAUGCAGCUAUAGUUGGUGGCACCAAUUUGAUUUUGCAUCCUAAUGCAACGUUGCACUUCGUUCGUCUAGGAGUUCUCUCUCACGUCGGUGUGUGUUCUCCCUUCGAUCAGAAGGCUAAUGGAUAUGUUCGCUCCGAAGGAGUUGCUGCCAUUUACUUACAAAGACGCAAGGAUGCUUGCCGAAUUUAUGCCACCUUAGUGCAUAGUAAGACAAAUUGUGAUGGCUAUAAGCCCGAGGGUAUAACUUACCCUUCGGGUAAAAUCCAAGAAAAACUCUUAACAGAAUUUUACAAUGACGUGAGAAUAUCUGCGGAUGAUAUUGGGUACAUGGAAGCACAUAGUACUGGGACGGUGGUAGGAGAUCCGGAAGAGUGCCGCGCCAUCGAUAGUGCCAUCUGCAAGCAGCGCACAAAGCCCUUGCUAAUUGGCUCCGUGAAAUCGAACAUUGGCCACACCGAGCCUACAUCUGGAAUAUGUUCAAUAAUUAAAGUUUUGUUUGCCUUCCAGACUGGAAGGAUCCCACCAAACAUUCACUUUGACGAACCUAGGAAGGAGAUUGAAGCUCUGCAAGAAGGUCGCAUGAUCGUGGUUAGUGAUACCAUGGCUUUGGAAAAGCCUUAUGUUGGCGUGAAUUCAUUUGGUUUUGGUGGUGCAAAUGCACAUAUCCUCCUAAAACAACACGAAAAAGAGAAGGUGAAAACAGGAGUUCCAGAGGGAAGCCUACCGACAUUGUUUUUGUGGUCAGGACGUACUAAAGAGGCAGUUGAAUAUGUAUUCCAGAAGCUAGAAAAAAUGCCGUUGGAUCCAGAAUAUAUGGCAUUAUUGAAUAACGCUCAGUUAGGUGGUGUUCCUGGAAUGGUUUUCAGGGGAUUCAAUUUACUUCAAGGAAGUGGUUCGAAUUUGCCAACUUCAUUUGUCAAGGAUGUCCAGCAUUUCACUGGUGUUAAAAGACCUAUAGUUUGGGUUUUCAGUGGAAUGGGAUCGCAGUGGAAUAAAAUGGGAGCCGAUUUGAUGGCAAUACCCAUGUUCCGACAAUCUAUUCAACGUUGCUAUAAUGCUCUCAAGCCAGCUGGUGUGGAUCUGUUUAAAAUCCUAACCGAAGACGAUCCUCAUAUGUUCGAUAAUAUUUUACACUCGUUCGUUGGUAUUGCCGCCACUCAAAUCGCCUUAGUGGAUAUUCUCAAAUCGUUUGGCAUGGAACCAGAUUAUAUAAUCGGACAUUCUGUGGGAGAGUUAGCAUGUGCCUACGCUGAUGGUUGCUUCACUGCAGAGCAGAUGAUAUUAUCUGCCUAUUACAGAGGAAAAGUGAGCCUUGAGAAAAGUAUGAUCAAGGGUGCAAUGGCGGCAGUUGGACUUUCUUAUAACGAGAUUCGAGGAAUGCUUCCUGAAACGAUUGAAGUUGCUUGUCACAACAGUUCGACAUCCUGUACUAUUUCCGGUCCAGCUGAAGAUGUAACAGCAUUUGUGGAACAGCUCAAAUCUCAAAAUAUAUUUGCUCGAGAAGUUGCGUGCUCGAAUAUUGCCUAUCAUACGCGACACAUCGCUCAUUUAGGUGCAGACCUCUUAAAGUACCUUAACCAUGUUAUUCCUACUCCCAAAAAGCGCUCCAACAAAUGGCUCAGUACGAGCGUUCCUCAAAAAUACUGGUCACGACCGGAAUCCCAAUUGUCGUCUUCACAAUACCACACAAACAAUCUACUGGGAAGUGUACUCUUCGAAGAAACCACAGCACUUCUGCCCCAUAAUGCACUUACCAUCGAAAUCGCACCCCACGGACUGUUACAGUCAAUCCUUAAGGGUUCCAUUCCAAACGGCAUUCAUGUUAGCUUGACUCAGAGGAAUAACAAGGAUAAUCUUAACUAUUUCUUGACAGCAUUGGGAAAAUUAUACACUCAAGGACUUAAUAUCCCAAUACAAAAUUUCUAUCCCAAAGUAGAAUGGCCGGUAUCGCGGGGAACUGAGACAAUAAGUGAUCUUCUCAAAUGGGAUCAUCGUGACGAUUGGGAAGUCUAUAGUUACAAUAAAAUGAUAUCGAAGAAAAGUGGAGAAAAAACGUUCAUUAUUAAUAUGAAAUCAGAAGAAUUCAAAUAUUUAGCAGGUCAUAAUAUCGAUGGAAAGAUAUUAGUUCCGGCUACAUUUUAUUUGGAAUGUGUUUGGAAGACAUUUGCAAUGAUGAAUCAUGAACCACUGUCGUAUUACGAACGACCAGUUGAAUUUGAAAAUACGAAAUUUAUAAGGGCCACAACUUUAACAACUGACAGCAAAGUCGAACUAACAGUUAUGAUUCAUUUUGCAACUGGAGAUUUCGAGAUAAUUGAGGGCGAUAGUUUGAUUGCGUGCGGAACUGUUCGGGAAGUCAAAGAUGCCAAAGCUCCAGAGGAAAUGCCAAUAAAACCUUACGAUACAAGUUGUGGCGAAGAAUUCCAAAUGUCCAGCAAAGACAUUUACAAAGAACUUAAACUCCGCGGUUAUUAUUACAGUGAAGCCUUCAAGGGAAUCGAAUCACUUCGUAGUGAUUCAAAUUUAGCAGUUCUUAAAUGGAACUCAAACUGGGUUACAUUUAUGGAUUGUAUGCUUCAAACCCAAAUUAUCAAAAAGGACUCACGAAAUCUUUGUUUGCCGGUAAAAAUUCGAAAAAUCAGAAUUUUCGGACGUCAUCAUAUGAACGUAAUUGGUGAAAACACUACGAUUGAAGUUCACUCUGACCGACUUGAGGGUAAGGUAGUUAGUGGUGGCAUUGAAAUAACCGGAAUGGAAGAAAGUGUUGUGCAACGUAAAAAACAACUAGGUUUCCCAGUAUUGGAGAGAUAUAUGUUUGUUCCACAUUUCCCAUCUCCAGCCCUUUCGCCCCAAGAUAUGGGCAGAUUUUUCAUUCAACUUGGUCUUGAAAAUGAAUUAUCAGCUAAAUUGAAAAUUGUCGAAGUUCUUCCAACAUCAUCAGAAACCACUCCAAUGAUCGAACAUUUCUUGAACGCUGUUGAAGAUUUACCUUUGAUAACGGGAGACUAUAAGAUAUUAAGUUCCAACAAAAUUGAAGACCUACCAACGGGUGUAGUAGUUGAAGAUGGACCUAUUACAAAUUACUUAGACUGUAACUUUAUUGUCGAUCAAACAGAAGAGUGUGAUGUUUUGAAACAAGUGGCUGGAUUAGCUAAUAAUUGCUAUGUAGUCCUUGUGGUAAGUUCGAACAAAAACGUUGCAAUUCCAAGUGAACUUGCAACACUGGCAGUGUGCCCUAUAACAACAAGUGGCUUGAAGUGUAUUCUGCUAAGAAAAUUUGUAAAUCCCCGUGAAGUUGAGGUAAAAUGUCUAAAAAUUUCUUCGAACGAUACAGAGUUUAAAUGGCUGGAGCCAGCUAAGGAGCUUCUUCAAUCGAACGAUUUAAUUUUAUACGCUCAAGGAGAUAAGCAAAGUGGUGUUAUUGGUCUGGUAAAUUGCCUGCGAAAAGAGUACUUCAAGACUAUGGCGCGGUGUGUGCUUAUUGAUGACAAAAAUGCCCCCGAUUUUGACCCACAAAACGAGUUCUAUUCAAGGCAAUUAUCUUUGGGUUUGGCCAUCAAUAUAUUCCGAGACGGAAAAUGGGGUACAUACCGCCAUCUUCAGCUUAUUUCAAAUCCUGAAGUGAAACCACAAACAGGAUUUGUGUUUGGUAACAUUCUACACCGUGGAGAUUUGUCCACGUUCAAGUGGCUCCAAGGACGAAAAACCCCAAAAGACUGCAGAAUAAAGGUUGUCUAUUCGAGUUUGAACUUCAAAGAUGUUAUGCUUGCUACUGGUCGCAUUUCGUUGGAUGUUUUUAGUGAAGGACGUUUGGAUCAGGAGUCUUUCUUUGGUUUUGAAUUUUCCGGUAUAGAUACAAAGACUGGCAAAAAAGUUAUGGGCUUAUGUGAAAAGUCUGCAGUUGCUAACUAUAUUGAAGAAAUUACACCAUUUGUUCUAAAUGUACCCGAACAUUGGUCAUUGCGGGAAGCUGCUACUAUUGCUGCUACAUAUUUUACGGUUUACUAUGCGUUCUUCUUCCGAGCCGACAUCCGGAAGGGCAAAAGCAUUCUCAUUCAUGCUGGAACGGGUGGUGUUGGUUUGUCAGCUAUUCGCGUAGCAUUGGCUUAUGGACUGGAGGUGUUUACAACGGUUAGUUCAGCUGAGAAACGAAAUUAUUUGUUGAAAACAUUCCCAACCUUAAAAGAUGACCACAUUGGAAACUCCAGAGAUACGAGCUUUGAAGCAAUGGUUCGAGAUCGAACAAAGGGCAAAGGUGUGGACUUUGUUCUUAACUCUUUGGCCGAAGAAAAACUAAUUGCAUCAGUGAGAUGUUUGGGAUAUGGUGGAACUUUCUUGGAAAUUGGUAAAUUCGAUUUGGCGAAUGAUAGUCGAUUGGGUUUGUCACCGUUUUUGAAGGAACUUAGUUUUGUUUCCGUACUUCUUGAUUUGUUGAUGAAACGUAAUGACCCAGAAUUAGCAAGAGACCUUUGUGCAUUUGUUUCAAGGGACAUUGCUAAGGGAAUUAUUGUUCCUUUACCAAGCACAGUUUAUCCUGCAGGUGAAUUAGAGCAAGCAUUCCGUUUCCUUGCCAGUGCAAAGCAUAUUGGAAAAGUUAUUGUUCAAGUAAAUGAAUCGCCCGAAGCUCCAGCUACACUUCCAUUAGCCGUGGUGCCAACAGUUUACUUCCCAUCAGAACUUGUGUAUGUCGUGCCGGGUGGUCUUGGUGGUUUUGGUCUGGAAUUAGUUGAUUGGAUGAUUCUUAGAGGUGCUCGAAAAAUUGUCAUUAGUUCAACUCGAGGUAUUUCCAAUGGCUAUCAACCACACAGAAUGCAGGUUUGGAAGAGCUAUGGCUGUGAAAUACGUAUUAGCACUGCAAACAUCGCUACACGCCCUGGCUGCGAAGCACUUCUCAAAGGAGCUCUUAGUCUCGGACCAAUUGGCGGAAUAUUUAAUCUGGCAGUUGUUCUUAAAGAUGAAAUUUUCGAAAGUCAAAGCGUUGAAAUGUUCAAGGAAUCAUUGGGUCCCAAAGCAAUGGCUACCAAGUAUCUUGAUGAGCUAUCAAGGAGGAUGUGUCCACAACUUCAACAUUUCCUUGUGUUCUCGAGUGUUUCGUGCGGUCGUGGAAAUAUCGGUCAAACAAAUUACGGCAUGGCCAACUCCAUAAUGGAACGUAUUGUAGAAGACCGAGUGAAAAACGGAUUACCCGGAAAGGCAAUCCAGUGGGGAGCUGUUGGAGAAGUUGGUUUGGUUGCUGUUAUGGCAGAAGAUAAAAUCGAUCUUGAAAUCGGUGGAACUUUACAGCAGAGGAUUUCGUCUUGUCUGCAAGAACUCGAUGUUCUUCUUUCGUGUCCAGAUCCUAUUGUGGCAAGUAUGGUUGUAGCUGAAAAACGAUUAGGCCAAGCCGGUGAACAAAGUCUCUUGGAAACCGUUAUGAAUAUUAUGAGUAUUCGUGAUCCUAAAUCCGUGUCUUACGGAUCAACACUAUCCGAGCUGGGUAUGGAUUCUUUGAUGGCUGUCGAUAUCAAACAAACUCUCGAGAGAAACUUCGAUCUCUUCCUUUCGCCACAGGACCUAAGAGCACUGACUUUCCAAAAAUUAGAAGAGUAUUCACAAAACCGUGGAACAAGUAAAGAUGUUGAAUUAACCCUUGAAGUUGAAGAUAUUACCCUCCAGAUAACCAAAAUGGUGCAAAAUAUGGGUGAUGAAAUCAAUUUCCAUAAGAUUAUUUUACCAAUUAACGAUGUUAAGAACAAGAAAAAUCCAAUAUUUUUCUUCUCUGGUAUUGAAUGCUCAGCGGGAAAAGUGUGGAGCGAUUUAGGAAAACUCAUUGAAGCACCUGCUUUCAUUAUUCAAUUGCAUAAAACUGCUAAUAUGACGUCAUUCGAUAAAAUUGCUAAUUUCGCUGUGAAUGAAAUCGUGUCUCUUAUAAAACCAAACGAAAGCUUCCAGCUGGUAGGCUAUUCGUACGGAGCUAUAAUAGCAAGCAAAGUUGCUUAUCUGUUAGAACAACUUGGUCAUCAAGGAAAGGUUGUCGUGAUAGAUGGCUCACCAUCUGUUUUAUCCAAAUUAUUCCAUAACUAUGCUGAAACUAUUGGCAAAGAAAAUGUUGACGCAAUGAUAUUUUCAAAUAUUGUCCAACUGAUAGUUCCCGAAGAAAAUGCUGAAAAAACGGCUAAAAUUUUUGCAAGCAUUCAUGAAUUCGAGGGCAGAUUGAAUGCAUUCCAGGAAUAUGUUCGACGUCAAAAAGUUUUUAGCGAACAAUACCUAAUUGCCGUUACUACCGCUGUAAUUCAACGAACUCGUUUAAUCAAUGAUAUCGAUUUAACAACAUUUAAACGAUUCAAUGCACCAAUUUGCUUGAUUAGGGCAUCAAUUCCAAUAAUGUCGAGUGCACCAAAGGAUUAUGAAUUGCAAAUGUUAACAAGUAAUGAAGUGACAAUUCAAGUUGUAGAGGGAAAUCACUCGAGCAUUCUAGAAAACCCAGAGCUGACUAAGACAAUCAAUGAGUUUUUAUUGAAGGAAUAAUCAGAUGAUAAAUGUUGAAGACAUUGAGAUAGUUUUUGUGAUUUAAUAUUUAAGUUUUGAAUUAAAAAUGAAGGUUCAAAGGA